GAACAUGCACCGUGCCGCCAACCCUGAAGCACGACAAAUCUUUCUCGUUUUCCUUUUUUUAUUUGCCCGCAUGCUACAGGAAAUAAAGCUCGGUUAAGCAUAGGCACCGUUAACAGCUGUAUUAACAACUCUCGUGGAACGUGAGAAUUUUUACGAGAUUAAUACAGCCAUGGGAAUCAAAGCACAAACAAUUUUUUUUUUCUUUUCGAGGCAUCGUAGUACACAUAUGUCCACACACGUCGAAAUCAACUCGCGUAUUACGUGUUACUCGAAUAACAAACAAUCGCGUUUAGAUUUAGAAAAGCAUAAUCACAUGUAAAUAUAAUAAAUAUAAAUAAACUGUUUUUUCUACCGAUCAAAGUUCUUUGAUUUUCUUUCUUUGAUAUUCUUCAACUUAGGUUCGAUUUAUUUAGACUAAUCGCUUCGCUGUUUGUUGUUUGGAGCACAAAUAAACGCGCGGCACGCAUUACGCAGGUUGUACCGAGUACUUUCCCUUUAGGGUCUACCGUACAACUACCGUGCAACUACAUGAUUCGAAAUACCGUUAACACCCCAUCGUACGUAAAGUGAAAUGAGAACCGCUUCGUUUCUUCCGCGCUAUCGUUUAAUUUUCCCGCCUACGGUUCGCCUGCUAUUCGCGUCGUUAAUUCCGAAACGUCGAAAGACGACGAACUGUCGUUAAAGCAAUUAUACGUCAACAAUGCUAUGAACAAUCGGGGCGCACGAACGAAGAACAAUGAAAUCCGGUUAGAAAAUUGGCGAGCACCUCGGAGGUGAGGUUAUCUUACGACGAUAGGAUUGGCAGCACUGGUGUUCAUCAGGGAGCUUCCGCCAGUAGUCGGUACUCAACCGACUUGAACACUUCACGUCGCCGUGCAAGAAGUGCGGGAGUGAAGUUAACAAUUGUUAGGGUUAGUUGUAGUGGUGUGACCAAGUCGCGCAUAUAACAAAGUGGUGCGCGUGUCGUUGUUAACAACGAGAAAUUUUCACUCGAACAGGUAACAUCGCGCCAAGAUGAGCGGCCUGUUAAAGUUAUCGUCUUUAUUGGCGAGGAAUCCACCGACAACGACGUUGAACAAAUUGGGAUUACCGGUCAUUACAAAUCGCAAAUUGCAUUAUACACCAGAUGGCAAGGCUGCAAAAGUCUCGGACGGUGUUUCCAAGCAUUAUCCAUUGGUAGAUCAUACUUAUGAUGCUGUUGUUGUGGGUGCUGGUGGAGCAGGAUUGCGUGCAGCUUAUGGCUUGGUUGCUGAAGGAUUCAAGACAGCGGUUAUUACUAAAUUAUUUCCUACAAGAUCCCAUACUGUUGCUGCUCAAGGAGGUAUUAAUGCCGCUUUAGGUAAUAUGGAGCAGGAUAACUGGCAAUGGCACAUGUAUGAUACUGUUAAGGGAUCUGACUGGUUAGGUGAUCAGGAUGCUAUUCAUUACAUGACACGUGAAGCCCCAAAAGCAGUCAUUGAAUUGGAAAAUUGUGGCAUGCCUUUCAGUCGAACUUCUGAUGGCAAAAUAUAUCAACGUGCUUUUGGUGGGCAAUCUCUGAAAUUUGGGAAAGGUGGCCAAGCACACAGAUGUUGUUGCGUAGCAGAUAGGACAGGUCAUUCUUUGCUUCACACAUUGUACGGUCAAUCACUGAGCUAUGAUUGCAACUAUUUUGUUGAAUAUUUUGCUCUGGACUUAUUAAUGGAGGAUGGAGAGUGCAGAGGAGUGAUUGCUCUUUGUUUAGAGGAUGGCACACUUCAUCGUUUUCAUGCCAAGAACACGGUAUUAGCAACUGGAGGCUAUGGCCGUGCAUAUUUCUCUUGUACAUCUGCUCACACAUGUACUGGUGAUGGUACUGCAAUGAUAUCUAGAGCCAAUCUACCUAAUCAAGACUUGGAAUUCGUGCAAUUUCAUCCUACUGGAAUAUAUGGAGCUGGUUGCCUCAUCACUGAAGGCAGUCGCGGUGAAGGAGGCUAUCUCGUAAAUAGUGAAGGUGAAAGGUUUAUGGAACGUUAUGCUCCAGUCGCGAAAGAUUUAGCCUCUAGGGAUGUUGUAUCUAGGUCUAUGACUAUAGAAAUCCGGGAAGGCAGAGGUGUUGGUCCAGAGAAGGACCAUAUCUAUUUGCAACUUCAUCACUUACCACCUGAACAAUUAGCGGCAAGGUUACCUGGAAUUUCGGAAACAGCAAUGAUAUUUGCUGGAGUUGAUGUAACGAGAGAACCUAUUCCUGUUAUACCUACUGUACAUUACAAUAUGGGAGGAGUACCUACAAACUACAAAGGACAGGUUCUAACGAGGAAAAAUAAUCAGGAUGCAGUUGUAGCUGGACUUUAUGCUUGUGGAGAAGCAGCUUGCGCGUCUGUUCACGGUGCCAAUCGUCUUGGUGCAAAUUCAUUAUUAGAUUUAGUCGUAUUUGGUCGAGCUUGUGCUAAAACGAUUGCAGCAGAAAACAAACCAGGAGAAACUAUUGGACCUUUGAAACCUAACGCUGGAGAACAAAGUGUAGCGAAUUUGGAUUGGGUUAGAAACGCAAAUGGCAAUAUUUCUACUGCAGAAUUGAGAUUGAGCAUGCAGAAGACAAUGCAAACCCAUGCAGCCGUCUUCAGAACGGCUGAAACGUUGCAAGAAGGAUGUCAGAAAAUGUCUGCGUUGUAUAAAAAGUUGAACGAUCUAAAGGUGUCGGACAAAUCUAUGAUAUGGAAUUCUGAUCUUAUAGAAUCUCUUGAAUUGCAAAAUUUAAUGAUCAACGCUAUGCAAACAAUAGUAGCUGCUGAAAAUAGGAAAGAAAGUCGCGGGGCCCAUGCACGUGAAGAUUUUAAAGAGAGAAUCGACGAAUAUGAUUACAGUAAACCGACAGAAAACCAACAGCCUAAACCAUUAGAUCAACAUUGGCGGAAACACACGCUUACACACGUCAAUCCUCGAACAGGCGAAGACGGAACACAACCGACAAGAAGAAGUUACCGAUAUCCUAUCAUUACAAUACAGCAACUUUAUUUAUUAUUGCACGUGAACCAUGUGCACCAAAGUGUAAUUCUUGUCAAUACUUGCACACGUUGCAAGCAAGAUUAGUUGUCCUUGUAGGAUAAUGGUGCUGAGAUUAUCUUCAUUAUUUCAAAGAAGAGUUUGACCGAUCUCCUAGCAAAUCAAUGUUACGUUUACGUAAACUAAAUAGUAAAAUAUUUUAGCGUGAUUCAGGCAGCAAAUAAUUUCACGCACAGAUCUUUUAUGGAGGAACAUUGUCCCUACCUCUAUGCAAUCUUUUCAGUAUUUCUCCUUGCGUAAUUGUCAGUCGGAGCAAUACCUUUUUCUACCGAACAGUUUUGCAAAUUCUAUUCAAUAAUAUUAAAAGCUAUUUAAUGGAGAUAUUUUGUACGAUAAUCCAUGAUUUAAUACUCCCUAAAAGGUUGUGCAACAAAAAUAUGCCACUUUCAAUGCGGCUAUAUACUUAACGUUCGCGGAUCAAUGUAGAAACAGUCUUGACGAAGCGCAAUAACUAGGUUUAAUGUAUUUGUGUUCAAAACUCUUCAGUAUUUGAUAUUUGACAGUAAGAUUUUUCCUUUUCUAACGUAGCAUAAUAGUUUGGAGUGUCAGUACUUAUUUCAGCAUUCAAUAUAUAGCAUGAUUAGUGUCUUCUUAGCUGAUCAGUCUGUUUCUACCUUGUCUGUUGCAGUUGUGUAUUAUUUUUAUCGUACUAUAUUUCGUGAAACAUACAAUUUAAUUUUGAAAUCAGAAAUUGAACAUAAAUGAAAUUAUGUACUGUAAUUUAACUUGAAUGGACGUGCUACACAGCACGAUAAAAUGUACAUAAGAUUGUCAAUAAAAGAGAGAACUUCGUACAUCCUUUUAUUCACUACUUUAUUUUUUAUUAAAAUUAUUCUAUUGUGUAAAUUGUGCAUAUCUUAUACCUGAAAUGUUAUUUUUCCCGGGUUAUGAUUGCAUUAUAUGUUUAUGUCUUGUAUUUAUUUAUUGAGAUUUUGCGUUUAUAAAAAAAAAACAACUUUUUGACGAAUAUCGUUUAUUAAACCCAUCAUAAUAAUAAAAAUAAUAAUUUUAAUGUUCUGGUCAUAAAUAAGAAUUUUACGGAUUAAAUAAAAAUUACUACCAAACGUAUUUUCUAAAGCAUUAAACUAAAGCUCGCGCAGCUAGACUAAUACUUCAGAAAAUGUUUACGAGUUACAGUUUAAUUUAAAAUGAGCAUGAACUUGAUGAACAUGUUCUUACAUACAAAAUAAUGCACCAUCAAAAGAUACACAACAGAUAUGUUCAGAAAUAAAUCGUGCAUAAAUUAUACAAUCAUUUCAAAAAAAAACUAACAUUACAAAUGUUUUGUUGAGUGUUUUAAAAAACGAAUGAAAUUGUACAAAUUCAAUAAAAUUAUUGGCACCAACAUAAAUGCUUCUCUUUGAUCGUUUCUCUCAUAUAAGCUACAUGUACAUUAACUAAAACCGAGUAGAAACAUUAUUACGUGAAAAACAGUAAAUAGAGAGUGAUGCGUAUUAUAUGCUAUUUUUUUUUUUUUUUUUACUUGACA